AUGGAAUUUGGAGAAGACCAAUCAUUGAAUACGGAAGACCAUGGCUUGUUUGAGGCAAUACGACCCGAAUCGCCAUCGGCAAUGUGGUACUCCUCCGAUGAUAAUGCAACAGGACAACUCUUUCAUCCAUUGAAUGCAACCAGAAAUCCUUUUGAGUCUACUCAACAAGUGUUAGAGGAUGUAGUCAUGACCGAUAGUAAUGGCUUUUCAAACCCACUACCACAUCCUUCUACAUCAAGCCAACACGAUGAUAAGCAAUCACCACAACUACAACAACAAACAGCAGUGUUGGAAACAGGCGUUCAAAGCUAUCCCGAAGAACUGUCUGCAUUACAUGUAACCAAUUUACAAGAAUUACAACCUAUUGGUAAAAUUACGAAUAUUGUGGACAAGAGAGUAAUUAUUGAAGUAUUCGUGGAUAAGAAGAAUGGCACCGCUACACAACAUCUUGUUUCUCAAAACGACGUGAAUCUUAAGGAGAACAAAAUAAUUGAUAGCGAGCUUUUGAGGACACAGAUAAAGCUUAAUAUUGGCGCUGUUUUGUUUUCCAAAGACGGAAAAGCAAUAGGAAAAAUUGCUGAGAUCAUUGGAAAUGUGUAUGCCCCAUAUUUUGUAUUGGUUUAUCCUGAUGUGCAAACUUUGAGAACAGUGUUCAAUUUACCAAAUCCUUCACUAGUUCAUGCAAGUCAAAACACGGAAUCUGGUGUUAAGGAAUCAUUGACAACCUCAACACCACGAAAGGAAGACGUUGAAGCAACUACACCAACAAAGAAAACACCAUCACGAAGGACACCACACAAAGCUCAAACUCCCAAGAAAACUCCAUCAAAACAAUUUGUAGAAGACGAUCUAGACUUGGAAAAUGCUCACAAUAUGACGAUCAUUGAGCUUAAACCAUAUUUACAAAAACGAGGACUCACUGUCUAUGGUAAAAAAAAAGAAUUGAUUGCCAGACUUCGUAAAUAUGAAAGAGAAAAGAAACAGCAACAAGAAGAGGAAGCAAAUGAUUUAUCUUCAGAUGAAGACGAUAUGAGUAGCACUUCUAGUAGUGACGACGAAGAGCUUCUUCCAACUCCAGCAAAAACAACCACCCCAACAAGCUCUCAAAAAUUUGCUCUCAGAACAAAGAAGGACUUGGAAGGAAUGGAAAGCGACGAAGAAGAGGAUGAAUUCCACAAGAAACGUGCCACUCAUGACAAACCUAGUUCCCCAUUGGACAAACUCUCGCCAGAUGAAAUUUCUCAAAUCAAAACCAAUUUCGAUGUCAUUUAUUGUCACAAUGUCAUUAGUGCACCAUUGGAUGAGGCCAGCACCAUGAACAUUGUUUCCAAUCACCAAAAAUCCUAUGAUGCAAUGCUUAAUGCAGACGAAAAGACUGAGAUUGUCACAUUUUCCGACGAUGAAGAUGAGAAUGCUUUCAAGAAUAGAGCCAAAAAGGAACGUCCAGAGAAACCACCUGUUGUCAAGAGGGGUCACGAGCAAGUAUCCACAGAUGAAACUACAACAGAUGUACAUCCAAAAAAGCAAAAACCUCUUCCAUUCGUCGACAUGGAAGAAGCCACCACUGUCACCACAACUUCCAUCAUUGUUACAACAACUAGUACUACUACUUCGUCUACAACGAGCGAGGAAAUUAUUCCAUCCUCUGCAACACCUUCUCGAGAAGCAGAAACAUCCGUACAAGUUGUUGAAGUGCCUCCCUCCUCCACUACAGAUCCAACCAGAGUUCCAAUUGUUAGAAAAGCAAGAAGAUCUGCUCCAAGAAAGUCAUCCCAUUCACUCUCGAGUCCCAAUCGUUCUGUGGACACUGUGUCAACGACACAAGCUGAACAAGAAUCCUUCUUUUCGAAAUGGUGUUCCAUCAUGUAA